AUGUCCCGCGCCCCCAGAAAAAGCCCCGAAGCCCUACCGGCCUUCCGCGCCUCCGCAGACAUCACCAAAACUGCGGCGCCCAAUCCGCGCUGGCAGAUCGGCAGUGGGGCUUCCUCUCCACCCACCACCGCAGCCACCCUCUCGAUCGACCCAUACUCACCGACGCGUACCGCCGGUGACAACUACCGGCUCCUCGUCUCGGGGAUAAUUCCACGACCCAUCGGCUUCGUCUCCACACUGGGCAGCACGGGCGCCGAGAACCUCGCGCCGUUCUCGUACCUAUCGCUGGCGAACCACGACCCGCCCAUCUUCACGCUCGGCUUCUCGUCCGGCACCGGCGCGGAAAAGGAUAGCUGCCGGCAGCUACUCGAGACCGGCGAGUGCACGAUCAAUAUCAUCAGCGAGGACUUUGUCGAGGCGGCCAAUUACUGCGCGAUCGACGCGCCGCUGGGGGUCUCCGAGUGGAGGCUCAGUGGGCUCACACAGGAGAAAUCCGUGGUCGUGAAGCCCGCUAGGGUCAGGGAGAGCGUGUUUAGUGUCGAGGGCAAGGUUGUCGCGAAACAUGAGUGGGUCAGUAGGACGACGGGCAAGAAGACCGGGACCAUGGUGAUCGUGGAGGGCGUCUGGUUUCAUGUCAGGGAGGAUGCGUUGCUCGAGAAUGGGGCGCUGGAUGUCGGCGUGCUCAGACCGGUCAGUAGGCUCGGGGGUGUCGCGUACGGACGCACGACUGAGGCGUAUGAUCUGCCGCGCCCAAGGUGGACGGAGGAGAGGGAGAAGGAGGAGGUGAAGAAGACGCUCGUCGAGGAGGAUGGGCCAGGAAAGGAGUAG